AUGGGUAUCAAAGGACUUCAUGGUCUCCUUAAAUCCAUUCAAAAGCCAUGCCAUCUCAAAAAGUUCGCUGGUCAGACCUUGGCCAUUGACGCCUAUGGAUGGCUGCACCGUGGUACGGUUGCUUGUUCCGUGGAUCUGGUCUUGGAUAGGCCAACAAGAAAGCACAUCGAUUUUGUUCUUCACCGAGUCCGUAUGCUCCUGUACUUCGGAGUGACACCCUACCUAGUAUUCGAUGGCGACGACCUCCCUAGUAAAGCGGCCACAGAAGCCGAUCGACACCGUCGGCGACAAGAGAGCAAGGCCCUGGGACUGGAACUACAACGCAAAGGCAGGAUACCGGAGGCCUACCAGGAGUUCCAGAAAGCCGUCGACGUAACACCGUACAUGGCUCGUCAACUUAUUGAAGAAUUGAAGAAAAUGAAUGUACAGUACGUGGUCGCCCCAUAUGAGGCCGAUCCCCAAAUGGUGUACCUCGAACAGCAGGGAAUUGUACAAGGAAUCAUUUCCGAAGACUCAGAUUUGCUGGUAUUUGGUGCGAAACGCCUGUUGUCAAAAUUGGAUCAGCAUGGCGACUGUAUUGAGAUCAAUCGAGCAGACUUUACUGCUUGUCGAGAAGUGAGCCUCGUCGGAUGGACCGAUGCAGACUUUCGUCAAAUGUGCAUUCUUAGCGGGUGUGACUAUUUGGCUAAUAUCCCUAAAAUGGGGUUAAAGACGGCACACCGCAGCAUUCGCAAGCACCGCACAGUGGAAAAAACGUUGCGUAUGCUGCAAUUUGAGGGCCAGUACAAGGUCCCACCUGAUUACCUGACCAACUUCAAGCAGGCUGAGGAUACGUUCCUCUACCAACGGGUCUUCUGUCCCAAUGCUAAAAAGCUGAUCCCUUUGACAACCCCCGAAGAUGGCGUGAAUCUCGAUGAAAUGCCUUUUAUCGGAGGUGAUGUGGACCCAGAAAUUGCGGCUGGGGUCGCUUCCGGGGACCUAGAUCCGACAACCAAGGAGGCUAUUGAGUUGAAACCUUUGACUGCAGGUAAAGUGCCACUCGGUAUUAGUCGCCGUCAAACUUUGGGGUCGUCUUCAGAGCUGAAGCCCAACAAGCCUAUCAACUCGUUCUUCACUCCGAAGCGAAAGCCUCUUGCCGAGUUGGAUCCGAACAGUUUGACCCCGUCGCCGAGUCAGCAAAGACUGUUGGAUCGGAAUGCGAACAACUCCUGGCAAGCCAACUCGGCGCCCUUACGCUCGAACUCGACCAGGUCAACCCCCCUUCGGGCAUUCUCGGACCAAGGUCUCAGCCCAAUGAUUCGAAGUGUGGGACGGAAUACAGUUGUGGCUCAAACAGCACGGGCAUCGAACCUGCAGCCGACCAAGCGGCAGAGACUUUGCUCUGAAGUGGAGGAUGACUUACUUCCUCGUCCAAGCGUGCAGAGUCGGUUCUUUGCUGCCGAAGUGAGCCCCAUUGGACAAAAAGUAUCUCGAACCAAAAAGCCCCGCCAGUCGAUGGUUGAUGUGUUUUCGGAUGAAGUAGCGGAGGAUAUCUUAUCGCAGAUCCCAGAUCCCUCUCCCACGCAAGAACAGAGUGUUAAUGAAGAGACCCCUUCCAAGAGUGUCGAAAUCCAGGUCGAGGCUGUGGCAGACGAUAAGAUUGAUGAUGAUAACGCACCAGUGGAGCUUUCUGCACAGUCUGGGUCUUUGCCUGAAGACAAUAAGUUCAACGAGGCUCUUGGAUACCAUGUCCGGCAACAGAACUCUACUAUUUCCAAAUUCACAUUCAGAUCUGGAUCUAAACCCACCUCUCCUGCACCACGCUCCCCUAUGACCAGAAUCCCAGUGAUCCAAUCCACUCAGAGCCAUGGGCUCCUCUCGUCCCCUCGGACACCUGCAGUUGCUUCUCGGAGUAAGACCCCUCAGCGUCAACGUCUUACACCGCUGCAGCGGAUGGGUCAAUCAGCCUUACAUCGCUCGCGUAGCAUCAACUUCCUACCUUCAUUUCGACGUGUGGAGACUUCCGAGUCUCGUACGGACGAGGCAGUCAUCUCCGGGGCCAAUACGCCCCAGGGCAGUGAAGAUUAUAUUGUUCCAGAUAGUGAGGAUUCGGAAGAAGAGAUUGGCACCAGCUUUGGACCUACCUCGACGUUGGAUUUAAAGCGGUUUUCAUUUGCCGCAUAA